AUGACUUCUGGAGAGGUGACCAUUAUAGUUUGCCUCAUUCAUUCAUUUGAGCAUUAUAAUUACAAACCUGUAGUAUAUCAUGGAAUUAAUUUGGACCAAACUGUAGAGAAAUUUAUAGUAUUUCUUUCAUAUGACAAACUGAAGGUAAUUCAUCAAGCUCAUAAAUCAAACGCAAAUAAACUUGUGUUGAAUUUGGAAACUGGCAGACCCCUGGUAAAAGAAGGUAGUAUUCUGGAAGCUGCUAGAAUCAGCAAUGAAACUGAAAUUGCAUCCUUCCAUGAAGAGGAUUAUGAGAACUACAAAGCUAAUCCCAUUUCAUCCUAG